AUGUCAGAGGAACCAAUCACGGACGACAGCUUCAAGGCGAAGUUCCGCCUCAUGGAGCAGCGUAUCGGGUUCGAUAGGAGAAGGAAGUUUCCGCUCCAACCCCUCGCCCAUGAGACGAGGAGAUGCAUUAAGCGCCUCCGGUUUGCCAAGCCGGGCUCCAUUUUUCCUGCCUUCAAGGAAGAAGUAGAGCAGAAAACUCAGGCGUCAGCAGGCAAGGACGCCACCAUGAAGAAGAACUUGUCUGAUCACAUCAGGAAGCUUAGUGCGCGAUUUAAUCUAGGUCUCUUCAACAUCUUGGGUUACGUCUACCUUCCAGAGGAUGAGCGGUUUUACGAACCCUUGGAGUUGGGGGCUACAACAGUGGGCCCGACUAACGCGCCGGCCUAUUGGCCGGAUUCGUCGAAAAAGAAAGCCCUACCACAGUCCAUCGUGAAUCUUCCUCGCAACGUAGAGUCGUUCAAGCAGCAAGGAGAACCACCAUGGGGAAAGCAGGAAGCACUCUUCGCGUGGCAGGGGUCGCUCAUGGAGUGCAUCUGUCCAUGUGAGGAGUCAUUCGAGUUCAAAAUGCAAAAUGCCCAUGUUCUCCUAGGGUGGAGUGUGGUGUUAGAGCUGCUACCUCUGAGAGUAAGGGGAGCUUGCGCGAACCUGCUGCAUAAGUUCCUUUGGGGGGAGUCCAUCGGAACAAAUAGUCUGGAGGGACCUAUUUCUAUAGAUGAGGCAAUCGAAAGAGGUUGGGGGUUAUUAACGCGUAGAUUCCCUACGGUCCAGAAUAACAAAAUUAGGUUGAUAGACCCUUUAGUCCCUCAAAAUAAGUGCUCGAUUCUCGAGCGUGGCGUCCCUAUGACGUCCGCCGCGGAAAUCUUGGCUCAGGCCACGGUUGUCCAUGAUUCUAACUUAGUCGAUGCGCCACUUGUCAAUAUGAGCAAGUCCUUCAUCAAGUCUUCGCUGAAGAUAGAGGCUGAGUAUGAGAAGCAGGUGUGUGGACACAUCCUCGAGGAAGGUCCUCCACCUGAAGAGAAAUUUUUCUCGGGUCCCCCGUCUCCUAUCAGAGCAUCACAGGGUGCUUCGGUGACGUCUCCUUCUCCUUCACGGAAGCGGUCGAGGCAAGUUCGUGACGAACCCGGUGAAGAAUUCUCGUUCGCACUCAUUUUGGUCUUCCUUUUUGUGGUGGAUAUCCUCAAGGCAUACAAUAAUGUGCCUAUUCGUACUUCUCAUUUGAUGUUUAAUCGCAUCGCCGUGUGGUCCCCAAUUGAUGCGUGUUUCUUUGCUUUCCAGUGUCUUGUCUGCGCGUUUGGCAAUGUUCAUAGCGUCACCGCGUGGAUUCGCAUCUCCUGGGGGAUAAGGAUGAUUUUUCGCCGCAUGCUUUUUGCUUUAAUCGAGUUGUAUGUGGACGACUUCACGGGCAUUGCGCCUGCGCGUAUUGCCCAGGAGUUGCUAGAUUGCUUCAUCUUCCUUCUAAACGCGUUGGGUCUCCCCUACGCUAAGAAGAAAGUAAAGAUAGGGGCAGAUGUUGAAGUACUUGGGCUUCUUUUUAAUUUGUCCGGCAAACCGUAUUUUUACGUCUCACGGGAUAGGGUCCUCCAACUUGUUGCUAUGAUAGAUGACAUUUUCAAGGAAGACAAGUUGCUCCCUACUACUGCGCGAAAACUUCAAGGUAAGGCUUUCUUUAUUUUCGUUUCUUUGGUCGAUAGGGCAAUGAACCCAAUUUUACGACCACUGAUUAACAGGUCGGAAGAAAUCGAUAAGACCACAGCAAUCACGAAUCGCCUUAGGCAGUGCUUACACAUUCUAAAGUUUCUUGUACAGCAACCGUUUCGAAGGUAUUCGAAGUUCCUCCCAGCGGGGAGCAUAGGAAAUCUAGUGUAUACAGACGCUUCGUUCGCAGGUGAUGAAGGCUACCUGGCGGGGGUUUUGCCGAAGUAUCUAGGCAACAAUAAGUUCAAAUAUCUGUGGUUCAAUUUUAAGAUAUCUCGGGAUCAGUUGCACAAGUCGACAGGCAGACAGCCAAUUGCUUUUUUGGAAGCGGUCACUCCAGCUCUCGCAGUCAAGGUUUUUGCUUGUUCUCUCGAGAAUCAAUUUUUCAAUUUUUGCAUUGAUAACGAGGCGGCUAAGAUGUGCCUCCUUAACCAGUCAUCUCAAAAGCAACAUAUGUCAUUUGCUUCUUUUCUUUUUUGGAGCUCCUUAUCGCUCAUCAACGGUUCUGCUUGGGUGUCCCGAAUUCCAUCUGCGCUCAACAUAGCGGACAUUUUCACGAGGCUCGACCUCAUGGAUGCGGCCCUUCGCCUAUUCCCUAACCUUUUCGAACAUAUUGUCCUUGAUUCUGUCCAGAAGGAAUUCAUUAUCAAGGCUUGCAGCCUGGAUCCCGAUUUUCCAGGGGCCGCAGUUUCCUUAGAUAAGAACUUUUUCAAAAAUCCUGAGGUUGAGCAUAAGAAGUCAUAGGUAUGUCAUAAAAUUUUUUUUGCGGCCUGUUUGUUCAGACAUCAGUCAAAUACACACCUUUUGCCAUCGUGUGUUGUGAAAGAAAUAGUCCUUCAAGUCUGAAUCAUGGUUUUUUUAAGAAUGUUUGCCAACGGGCCAUGUUGCGAUAUUUUUCCAUCGCGCGCUUGCAAGACAGCGCUAAGCACCUC